AUGAAAAAAUUAUUCUUUAUUUAUUUUUUAAUUCUUAGUUUUUCAACAGUAGCUCAACAAUCUGAAAAUUCAGAAAAUACUGAAGAAUUCGUACCAACAAACGAAUGGCAAAUAGUCAAAGAAGGACAAAAAAUUCCACCUGGUCUUCAUAUUCGAUUAAAUCUCGAAACUGGCCUUCGAGAAGCUAAACUUAUUGAUAAUAAUGAACAACAAUCAUCAUCCAAUAGUAUCAUUCCCGUUCCAACCGAAACAACUCAAGAAGAAAUAAGUCGACAUAGUCUUGAACAGGCAUUUGCAAAUCUUGAUUUAAGUAAAGAUGAUGUUAAAACUGAUAAAACACAUGAAGAAGAAAUACGUAAACAAUUUCGAUCAUAUGAAGAAUUAAAAAAAGAUUUCGAAUCAAUAAAUAUGAAAAUUCAAACAGAUCAAGAAAUUUUAAUUAAUCUUAUUGAUCAAUUAAAUAAAACUGAUAAUAAUGAUAAUAGAAAAACAAUUCUUACAGAUCUCGAAUAUUAUCUUCAUCAAUAUGAUAAUGCAAUACUAUUUUCUGAUCUGAAUGGUCUUGAUUUACUUAUUGAUUUACUUAAUUCAACAAAUACAAAUGCUGAAAUUCGUAGUUUAGUCAAUCUUGUAUUAGGUGCAGCUUUUCAAGGAAAUCCUAAAGUUCAAUUAAAGGCAUUACAACGUGGUUAUAUUCAAUAUUUUCUACAUUUAUUAAAUACAGAAACAGAUGAUAAUAUUAUUCUACGUCUUCUUUUUACAUUAUCAACAUUAUUAAGAAGUUUUCCACAAGCUCAGAAAAAUUUUCUUAAACAUGGUGGAGCAGAAUUAAUGGUUAAAAUUCUUAAUCAAACUAAUAAUAAAAUAGUAGUACGAGCUCUUACACUUAUGAAUGAUUUAAUUAUUGAAAAAGAACAGGUCAUGGAUAAUAAACAAGAAGUAUAUAAGGACAUUCAUAUACUCAAUCAACUAGUCGAUUAUGGUUGGUGUGCCCGUAUUUCCACUCGAUUAACAUUGUUCGAUACAGAUAAUUUCGACCAUAUUGAAAAAAUAAUACAUGCAAUGAUACCAUUUAUUGAUAUAUGUCAUCGAGAUUUUAUUCAUCUAAUACCAACAUUAGAUAAAUUUCAUAAGAUUUAUAUAAAAAAUAAUUUCGACAAUGAUUCAAUAUAUAUGGAUAUGUUAAAUAAUAUACAUAUUAUUUUAACAAAAUUACGACAAAGAUCAUCGGAUGAUUUAUAA